AACUUUUUUUCAACUCUCCACCACAAGCAAAGCCAAGAACAAGACUGAACAAAGAACAUAACAUAGAACAACCGAACCUCACCCGACAAGCACUCUUCUGUUCUCUUCUUCUCUCCCUCUUAAACUCUCUCCUCUGUUUCCUCUUUUGUACUUUCCCAGCUCCUUCCCAAGUGAUUAGAUCAGUCAAAAGGGAGUAAACAAUAACAUGGUGUCUGUUGCCAUAAUCUUGGUCUCCCUCCUCUUCCUCGCCAGCCUCCUAAACAUAAUCUUGAACUACCCCACCAAGAAACUCCUACCAUGGUUCCAGUCUUUGAUCAAUAUUGCUCGUGUUCCAUCAUCUAAUGCCCCUUCGAUCGCGUCUUCAUCAUCCACCCGGAAGCCAUCGGCCCCGAGCGAGGAGAAGAGUGCUCAUGUGGUCAAGAAGGAGAGCAAGAGCACCAGAGAGAGCAACGAUGACAAAGGUUUUGAUGAGCAGAGGAAGAUGCUCUUUUCGACAUUCGACAGGGAUGGAGACGGGUUCAUAACGAGGAAGGAGUUGAGGGAUUCCCUUCGGGGGAUCCGGAUCUUCAUGAGCGAGGAGGAGAUCGAUGAGAUAGUCGCGAAGUCGGACAGUAACGGGGAUGGGCUGAUCGACUUCGGCGAGUUCUGCAAGCUGUUGGAGGACUCCAGCAUGGGGUUCGGAUCGAGCAGUAAUCAGGAGGAGGGUGAGGUUGAAGGGGGUUUGAAGGAGGCCUUCGAUGUGUUCGACAAAGACAAGGACGGGCUGAUCUCGGUCGAGGAGUUGGGCUCGGUCAUGUGCUCGUUGGGGCUUCUAAGUGAUGGCGGGAAGAAAGUCGAGGACUGCAAGGAGAUGAUUAGGAAGGUUGAUAUGGACGGGGAUGGGAUGGUUAAUUUCGAUGAGUUCAAGAGGAUGAUGAUGCCGGGUGGUGGUGCGAAACCACUCAUCGUCGCUCACUAACUCCGGCCGGCUCAUAUUGCCGGAGGUCUUGCAAGUAAAUUUACGCUACUAUUAAGGCAGUUGUACAAGCUUGACUCCAGCUGACAUACACAUACUACAUGCUUGCUUCUUGGCAUCAAUUGACGUCACCAUAAAAAAUGUACAGUCGCAUUUAUAUGCUCAAACAUCGUCUUCUCUUAUCGGGAUCAUGAGAUCAGUGCAAGUUGAAUGUGAUGCAGUAUUAAGUUCUUUCUUUCAUAGGUUGGUUAUGGUUUUCUGCAGAGUGUAGUCAACAAUAAUUGUUAGUUGUUUAGUUAGAUGUUUUCCUUUACGACUAUUACAUUGUAUAUUGCUCAAUAUCUCCCAUGAUUAAAGGUCAUGCUGUAAUAGUUCGGCUUACUUACGAAACCCGAACAUCGCUGUAUAGUGAUUGACCAUCUGAAUCUCGCGGAUGCGAUCACAAUGCUAAUCCAUAUGUUGGCCUAGGCAAUAGGCCCAUUAUAUGUGUGAUGAAUUGAAUAGUUAGUUUAUAUUGCAAGAA